AUGUCGGAUCAAAUCGCCACCUUGUCCACCGGAGAGCUCGCCUGUAGCUACGCCGCUGUCCUCCUCCACGAUGAUGGCAUCCCCAUCACGAUGAUCGGUACCCUGGUGAAGGCCGCGAACUCGAAGAUCGACUCCUAUUGGGCGCCCCUCUUUGCAAAGCUUCUCGAGAAGAGGAGUGUCAAUGACCUCAUCUUGAGCGUCGGAUUCGAUUUGAACUCCAUUCUCAUUGGAGGAUAUCAGAUUGUUUGGGGGUGCAUUGGAACUCGACCAUAUGAUACAUGAAUUGAUGUGAGGUAAUCGCAGGAGGCGAGUCCAUGGUCCUGAACUGGGUCGUCUGGGCAAAACAGAGAGAGGGGGUGCUAGGCCUUACGCACCCAGUUUCAGGCUUCCAGCUGACAUGUUUGGUUUGUACUCUGUGGCCUGUGGGCCCAAAUAAUUUUACGGAUUUAGGUUGGGUCGUAGGAUUGAAAAAUCAAAAUUAUUCAAAUUUUAAACGGGUUGAGUCGUGUCAAGUCUAAAUUCAAUAAAUUCAGACCUGAUCCGAAAAAUAGAACGGGUCUAAUUUUAGGACCUGACCCGGCCCUAUGGGUUCUUCAAAAUAGAUCGAGUCGAGUCUAAGUGGGCCGGGCCGAGUCGGGUCAUAGGUCAACCCGACCCAUUUGCAGCCUUACUUCAACCUAAUCUCUCUCCUCUUUGGUGAUAAUUCCUUCCCGAGGAGCAGCACCUCAUGGCAUCCACUGCUCUGGCCAAUCCAUCUCCUUGCUUCUAUAUGGCCCCUUCCAAUUUCCAUAAGAUAAGGACUACAUGCUUAGCCAAUUUUUCAGUUACUACUUGAGGUGCAAAUUUGCUUAUUUUCCUUAAAUAAGGAACAACAGUGUUGUCCAAGAAAAAAAAACCAUGGGUAGGAGGAGGGUGAGAUGGAGGUGAUUCUUCCAAUUUCUACAAGAUAAGCACUUUGUACUUAUCCAAUCUUCCAAUAACUAGUUAAGAGGCAAUUUUAUCCGGACCAAGGAUUGUCGAAUUGGUACUAGUCGGCGUACUGGUCUGGUCCGGUUCGGAUUGGUAUCGAACCAGCCAAAAAGAUGCGUGCCAUGGCACUAAAUGCCGCAGAUCGAAUCGAACUCAGUGCCGGUUCGCACCGAAUCCUGGCUGAAUCAGACGGAAUCGGUCCAGUUCCGUUCGGUUUGGUCUUGUACCAGUUGGGGCCGGAACCAAUUUUUGUGGCCGAACCGACCUGGUCAGAGACCGGACUGGUUCGGUAUGGGCUGAACCGGCCGAUACGGGCCGGUUCAGCAUUCCUUGGUCCAUACAAAAUCUCGCUUACCCCUUCACUUUUUUUGCACCAUCCAAUAUCAUGACAGAAUAUCCCGUCACUUAUUCCAAUCAAAUGCCACAAUUCUCUUAUCCCACGGAAUAAAUCCUAUACCAUCUAGAAUAACUAGGCAACUUUUCUUAUUUCCUUCAAAUUUAAUCUGCAAGCAAAAUUUGCCUUGAUGAAUAUUCAUUGAGCCAAUCCAAGUUGCUCAAAUUGUUUACAACUUCAGCUCCAUAGAAGGUUAUGUUUUACCUGGCUUAUCUCCCGUUCAUGCGAGAUCUAGAGAUGUGAGGCCCAACCUCAUUGGGCUGGCUUGUUGGCCUGGCUCAGCAUUCAAUCGCGGCCCGAAGGCUUGUUUCAGUGAAAAAUAGGGCCUCCAUGGGCACCCUCCGCUUACUGUCGCCAUGUUACGGCUUAGCCAACCAAUCAAUGGAGGUCAGAGCCUGGGGCUUGGAGAGUUUGCUUGCAGUGUUUGGGUGGUUCUCAGCUUCUGCCCAUUCCUGAGGGGACUUGUUGGGAGGGGAAGUUAUGGGAUUCCUUGGCCUGUCUUUUGGAAAGCUGCUGUCGUCGUGUUUCUCUGCAUGCACAUGUAGAUGGAAUUAGCUUAGCUACGUGCUCAGUAUCCAAAGGGAAUGGCCUGGGUCUCAAUAGGCAGCUGAGGGUAGCACAAAACAGAUUGUAUUAGAUAUCAAUUUCAUUUACCCAGAAUGUUACUAAAUUACCUCAACUCAUACGUUCUGCAUCUGAUGUUCAGACUUGGCUAUUUACAAGCUGAGCUUUAAAAUUCGUUUGAACUUUGAACUCUGUUUCCUAGCUAGCUGAACCAAGCCCAAAUGGCUCUUUAAUUGAGCCAGUGCCAAAUGAACUCAGAAAAAAAAAAAAAACAAAAACCUAUGCUUUGGCCUGGAGCAUUUUGAUUAAAAUAUUUUAUCUUGCAAGGGUCCUAUAGUCCAACAAAUUGGGGAUUUAAUAGUGCUUUCAAGAGCAUAUAGAAAUAUAUACCUUUUCCUUGGUACAAAAAGGAGGAAGACCCCUUGUUUACAGUCUCCCAAAACAGCACCAUGUAGCAUCAGCUGGUGCUGGUAAAAUAACAGAUUCAGGAAAAAUUUGAAGUCCAUAUGUGAUUGGCUAAAUUUCGUAUUGCAAUGUCAACUGUAUGAUUGGAUACUUGAUCACCCUCCCUAAAAAUAUGGAUGUACCUCAAUUCAUGCUGAGAUGCAGCCAAGCCCCAUUACUAAUACAAGGGUGAAUUUAUGUGCCUGUCAGCCACCGAGAUACACAUUUACAGUAUGGUUGAUUUGGACUUAUUCGAACCAGGCCAAGUCAGGUCGGCCCCAUUUUUUGGUCCAAAUGUGUAAUUUGGGUCAGCCCAAUUGGGUUUCCGGUUGGCUUGGGCUCGGGCUUGGGCUUGGUUUUUUUCUAAAAUUUUCAAACCUAAGACCAGUUUGAAGCCUAAGAAAAAAAUUCGAGCUAAGCUUGGGUAGGGGCAUGACCCGGCCUAGCUCAUCUUUAACCCUAGCAACAUACCUUCCCUCCCCUGUUUAUUAGUUUAAUUUGUUAAAUGUCAAGUUAUGAAUUGUUCACUUCUAAAUGUCAGGCUGCUGUAGAUUUAUUUUAUUACACCAUGAAUUAGCCCCCAAAUCGAUAGUUCAUAUAUGCUUAAUCAUUUAUAGCAUAUUAGAAGAAAAUGUAGUUUUAGUACAGUGAACAUGAUUUUUUUUUUUCUUGUAGUAAUUUUGCUCAUAUUCUCCAUUAUGGUUAUAUUUAUUUUGAAUAUAGUUAUCAUUAUUUGGGAACUUGAAUGAGAUAUGGUCAUAUGAUGCUAAUAGUUGUUAUUUUAGGAGAGUACCAAAAGUUGUUAAGAGAAUGCUAUUUUUUUAUUUUUUUAAUUAUCUACAUGUGUGUAUAUAUAUAUAUUAUUAUAAUCUAUUUUUCUACAUACGAAUAAUGAAUAAUUAAUAAUUAACACACUUAUUAUGUUAAGAUAACGUCCUGGAUUGACCGGACGGUUGACCCAGUGACUCAUGACCUAGUCCCUUCUCUUGUUUGAUGAGUAGUCUGGUUUUUUAGGACACUAUAGAUACUACAUCCCCCAUCGCUGCCUUCGUUUCCUCCACCACACUGCCUUGCCUCUGUUACACCACCUCUAUAAUGAUCGUUGCCUUAGCUACAUUGUUGUGCCCUUGCAACCACCGCCAUCGUCGCCACUUCCAUAGCUAUUGUUGGCUUGCCUACACCAUUGCCACACCACCAUCAUCAUUAUUGCUGCCUCUGGCAGAUUGUUGCUUCCCCUGUCACCCUUGUUGUUGACACAAUUGUAGGCACAACCAUCGCCGCUGCCUUCGCCGCCAAUGCUAGUGAUUGCUGACUCCGCCGCUACCAUCAUCUUUGCUACUAUCACAAGGUUUAUGUUUUAAAUAUGAUCGAUUAUAGAAAGCAUGUUUAACUUUUUUAAAGUUCAAAAAAUCAAAAAAAUAUAAUUUUCAUUUUUUAUUUCUGAAAAUAGAAAAAAUGAAUGCGUUGUCAAAUGAUGCUUAAAUCUACAUGCACUAACAAGUAACCUAGUGGCUAGCACAUGCCUAGACUAGGUUUUUGCUAGAUAGUCGGGGGUAAAAUAGGUAUUAAAAAACCGGCCCCCCAUGUACGACCCACAUAAUUGGUUGAGCCCUUGGCAAUACGGAGAAAAAGAAAGAAAUGCUCUGUCUCCUCAAAAUUCUCUCUGAUAGUGUUUUAAACUGUGGUGCAUACAGCUGCAUAUGUGCUUGUAUAUAUGUAUGCGUUUUCGUGAUUGAACCACAUUUCAUAGUACUAUAUGCAGUUAUACUGCAUAUGGAGCAAAAAGAUAAUCCGAUUAGCAUAGGCUGCUAUUUACUUAGUUUGCUUAGUAUUGUACGACUGCAUACACGAGCUUGGUGAGCAUUUUGGAACUACAUAUAUAGCGCAAUCCUAUAUGGGUUCAUGUAGGUGAAGCGGGUUUAGGCUGAUUGUUAGGUUUGAUAUGAUUUGAAGUAGGCUCGAUACUCGUAUUAAUAAUGCUAAAAUAUUGAUAAUUUUAUAAUUAUUGCUAUUGAGUAUUAGGUGCUAAGUAAUAUAAGCACUAAUUGUUACUUAUUAUUGUUAUUAAAAUUAUUAUUGCCCAUCUAUAAAAAAUUACUAUCAUCGUUGUUUUUUUAUUGUACUUAAUAUUAUAUAUUAUUUUUAAAUAGUUGGAAAAAGGUAACAACAUGCACGUCCUGCAGGCCGCGUAUGCAUCGGCAUGCAGGACGUCCUGCAUGCCGCAUCUGCACUAUGUGGUCUCUUGAUCACUCUCAUACUUGCUUUAUGAGACUUGUUUAACUAAUGGUUUUUCUGAACCAUUAGGGGCAAAGUUGGUAUUUUGGUAUCUAAUAAACCACCAAUUUGCUCUACUUGGCAUUAAAGAGUUGGGUUUAAAUCCAUUGCAGAGAGAUUAUUAGGUAAAACU